AAAUAAAUGUUUUUUUGUAUUUCAGUGAUCAUGGGAGCCAAAAAGGAUCCCAAGAAGGACGCUAAGACUCCUUCCAAGACUCCCAAGAAGAAGGAAGGAGGUGGAGGCAAGGCUAAGAAGAAGAAGUGGUCCAAGGGAAAGUCCAGGGACAAGUUGAACAACUUGGUUCUCUUCGACAAGGGUACUUAUGACAAGCUGUACAAGGAAGUUCCCACCUACAAGCUUAUCACUCCCAGCAUCGUUUCUGAGAGAUUGAAGGUUCGUGGAUCUCUGGCUAGGAAGGCUCUGAUUGAGCUUGCCGAGAAGGGACUCAUCAAGGAGGUUGUUGCCCACAGAUCUCAGAAGAUCUACACCAGGAUGAUCCAGGAUACUGAGGAUGAAAAGGCUGAAGAGAAAUAAAUAUUUUUCUAGCAUUUCAUUCCUUUAACUUCUUGUAUUUCAGAAAA